CAUCAACGGCCAACAAGACUGCUGCCAUUGGCCAGAGCUUUCUCCAACUGGCUCUUCCGAGCAUUAUUCACGUUGUUGUUCUGGCCUCGGCAUCUUCUCCUCGAAACAUCACUGCGAGAAGACGCCCUCUUUCUCGUCAAAACCCUCACAAUGGCUCUCCGCGUAUCCUGUUCCCGCGCUGCAAAGCGUGCGACGUCCACCACACCCGCCACAUCUCUCAUAUCGUCGUACAGUGCACAAUGGAGGAGAGGCAACGCGACAGUCGCCCCUACACAGAUGACGCCCGGCUCAAAGGGGCCGACUGCUAUGGUCUUCAUGAACAUGGGCGGGCCGUCAACAACGGAUGAAGUACAUGGCUUCCUGAGCAUGUUGUUUGCCGACAAGGACUUGAUUCCCCUCGGACCCCUCCAAAACUACAUUGGCCCCUACAUUGCGCGGAGACGAACACCAAAAAUCCAAAAGCAGUAUGCAGAGAUUGGUGGCGGGUCGCCCAUCAGAAAAUGGUCGGAAUAUCAAGCCGCAGAGAUGUGCAAGAUCCUCGACAAGACCUCACCUGAGACUGCUCCCCACAAGCCCUACGUCGCAUUCCGCUACGCAAAUCCUCUCACCGAAGAUACCUACAAGCAGUUGUUAGCAGACGGCUUUGGAGGAGGGAAGGGCGGCCGUGCCGUAGCCUUCACACAGUACCCCCAGUACUCCUGCUCGACCACCGGCUCCUCUCUUAACGAACUCUGGAAAUGGAGGACAAGACUGGAGGGCAAGCGUGCAAACGGCGAGACUGGUCAAGAGGUAGAGCCCGAAGGUGCCAUAAAGUGGAGUGUUAUUGAUCGCUGGCCGGCACACCCAGGUUUAGUUGAAGCCUUUGCCCAACUCAUCGAGAAGAAGCUGGCCGAGUACCCCGUCGAGCGACGCGACGGCGUUGUCAUCCUCUUCUCCGCACACAGUCUCCCCAUGACUGUUGUCAACCGCGGCGACCCUUACCCGUCUGAGGUUGCAGCGACCGUAUAUGCUGUCAUGCAACGCCUCGCAAUGAAGUACAGAUACCGUCUCGUAUGGCAGUCGCAGGUCGGCCCUCAACCUUGGCUCGGCGCGCAAACAUCCGACACUGUCAAGGAGUACAUGAAGAAGGGCCACACAGACAUGCUCCUCGUACCCAUCGCCUUCACCAGCGACCAUAUUGAGACACUAUACGAACUUGAUAAGGAGGUUAUUGGCGAGGAUGCGGAAGGCCACGAGGGUGUCAAGCGUGUCGACAGCUUGAACGACAGUCCCGUCUUCAUCGAAGCGCUCGCGGACAUCGCCAAGGCACAUUUGCAGAGCGGGCAGGCCUGCAGCCCACAGAUGAUUCUCAGGUGUCCAAAGUGCACGAGCGAGAGGUGCUUGGCACAAAAGGAGUUCUUCGCUGGUCAGACACAACAUAUUGACCCUCCCACAGCAUAGACCGACUCUUGAUUGUUGGAACUGGGUACUUAUAGAUAUAUAGCGAACGAAGAUGUACUAUUACUCCCGCUCUACCAGAUAUCAUGUAGACUGCAUGUUCAACACAUGAGGUGUCGUUCUCGUCAGCACUCCAUUCUCUGCGGGGAUCCGGCGCACAGAGGCGCUAGUACCAUCUUUGGACAAAAGCGAAUUAUUCAACUUUUUUGGAAACUCAUAUCUCGAACUCAACGGCACUCCACGUGCAACACAUAGAGCAAGACUGAGUUGGAUUCUAAGAAAUGUUAUUCAAUGC